CAAAAUGUUGAUCCUUUGUGGGAGGCCAGGCGGAGACUCUUGCUGCUCUGCUCCCGGUAAUACUCCUGCUGCUCUUUAGGGAUGGACGUUCGGUUCAAUCAUUUCCGUUCAUCGCCGCAGCAGCGGUUUCACGUCGUGCGUGAUUCCUUAUUGUGGGAAGAGCAGCAGACCCCGCCCCCCCGUGCUGCCCCAGAGACAGCAGCCAAACGGCUCACCCAGCGCACCGCAGCGCACCGCUCCAGCCCUGCCGUCGGUAACGGAGAAGAUGGCAGAGCGGCAACAACAGAAGCACGAAGGCAGGGUAAAGAUCGGCCAUUACAUCCUCGGUGACACGCUCGGAGUGGGAACGUUCGGGAAAGUAAAGAUCGGACAGCAUCAACUGACAGGCCACAAAGUCGCCGUGAAGAUCCUGAACAGACAGAAGAUCCGCAGCCUCGAUGUUGUUGGAAAAAUCAAGCGAGAGAUCCAGAAUCUCAAACUGUUCAGACAUCCUCACAUCAUCAAGCUCUACCAGGUAAUUAGCACACCGACAGAUUUCUUCAUGGUUAUGGAGUACGUGUCCGGAGGGGAGCUGUUCGACUACAUCUGCAAAAACGGAAGGGUGGAGGACUCAGAGGGUCGCCGUCUUUUCCAGCAGAUUAUCUCUGCUGUGGACUACUGUCACCGGCACAUGGUGGUCCACAGAGACCUCAAACCGGAAAACGUUUUGCUUGAUGCCAACAAGAACGCCAAGAUUGCUGACUUUGGACUUUCAAACAUGAUGUCAGACGGAGAAUUCUUACGAACGAGCUGCGGAUCACCCAACUACGCAGCUCCAGAGGUCAUCUCAGGAAGGCUGUAUGCAGGCCCAGAGGUUGACAUCUGGAGCUGUGGAGUGAUCCUGUACGCCCUGCUGUGCGGCACUCUGCCCUUUGAUGAUGAGCACGUCCCCACCCUGUUCAAGAAGAUCAGAGGAGGAGUUUUCUACAUCCCCGAGUACCUGACCCGCUCCGUGGCCUCGCUGCUCAUGCUCAUGCUGCAGGUGGAUCCACUGAAAAGAGCCACCAUCAAAGACAUCAGGGAGCAUGAUUGGUUUAAGCAGGACCUGCCAGGCUACCUGUUCCCAGAGGACCCGUCGUAUGACGCCACCGUCCUGGACGAGGACGCCGUCAGGGAGGUGUGUGAGAAGUUUGAAUGCACCGAUUCUGAAGUCAUGUCCAGCCUCUACAGCGGAGAUCCACAGGAUCAGUUAGCAGUAGCUUAUCACCUCAUCAUAGAUAACCGCCGCAUCAUGACCCAGGCCAGUGAGUUCUACCUGGCGUCCAGUCCUCCACAGGGCUCCUUCAUAGAGGAAGGCAUGCCGCUGCCCCCCGGCGUCAAACCCCACCCAGAGAGGAUGCCUCCGCUUUUGGCCGACAGCCCCAAAUCUCGCUGUCCUCUGGAUGCUCUGAACACAACCCGGCCCAAACCUCUGGCGGUGAAGAAGGCUAAAUGGCACCUCGGUAUCAGGAGUCAGAGCCGGCCGUACGACAUCAUGGCGGAGGUGUACAGAGCCAUGAAGCAGCUGAACUUUGACUGGAAGGUGGUGAACCCGUAUCAUCUGCGUGUCCGACGGAAAAAUCCCGUUACAGGAAACCUGGUGAAAAUGAGCCUGCAGCUCUACCAAGUCGACAACAGGUCCUACCUCCUCGACUUCAAGAGCAUCGAUGAUGACAUCAUGGAGGCCGUUGGGUUUAAAUCUGGUUCUUCCACCCCUCAGCGGUCCGGCUCCACCGCCGGUCUCCACAGACCCCGCCUCAGCAUCGACUCUGCGAGCCCCGCUAUCGAUCUGCCCCAGCUGAGCUCCUCUCUGCCGGGCUCCCUGUCCGGUAGUUCCCCCCUGCUCACGCCACGUCAGGGAUCUCACACCAUGGACUUCUUUGAAAUGUGCGCCAGUCUCAUCACCACGCUGGCUCGCUGAGGUCCGCUGAUUCCCAGGCUUCCCUGUAACCUGGAAGUACGUGUGUGUUUUAGGGCUAGCUGCAAAUCCGGGAGGUUUUUGGUGAACUUAUGGAAGCCAGAAAAAAAAAGGGGAAGAAUCGCAGGUCAGAAUCGCAUCAGAGUCGGUAAAAGUCCCGUUUAUUGUCACUCCUCCCGUAGAUCCUUUUAAUGACCGGACAUCCUGCUGCGGUCCGUUCUGCUGCUCGUCUUUAGCAGCUGUUUCUGGAGGAACAUCACUAGAUUUCAGCUUCUGUAUCGGUGGUAUGUUUGUCCAUUUAUAUUUAUAUUACUUUAUUAUAGUUUUAAAAAAUAUAUUUUCAAAGGUAUACCAAAAAAAAACACUUUCUACAUUGAAAAGAAUAUUAUUAUUUAGAUAUCAGAUUCAUAUUUAUUUUUUUAGGCACUAGUUUUAUUCCAAACAUCUCCACAGAUUUUUGACCUAAUUUUUGAGUAGUUUUAAGACAGUUUAAUGAAGCACGACAGGCUGGUGCGACGCUGAUGCUUAGAACUGCCUGUGCUGCUUGCUCUCUGUGCAGAACAUGCACACUGUCUCCCCGCGCCACGCCGCCGUCCGAUACCAACGUGCUCUGAUAGGAGCAGCUGCUGCUCAGCUUAUCAGUGGGACUUAAACACAAUUUUAUAUAAAAAAAAAACAUAUAGGCCUCUGACAUCAGAAAGAGGAGCAGGCGAGAACGCACUGAGCUGAAAACAGCAGAUGGCUUUACUGAAGACGUACUAGAACAAAUGGUGUCGCUUUAACUUUUGAGAAAAAAAGAAGUGAAAAGUCAUUUAAUGGAAAAGUCCGUUCACAAUCAGAUUUAAAACUUCUGAAAGUUCUUUAAAUCUGAAAUGAUUCCAUCCUGUUCAAUAAAUGAUCAGU